GUUAAACAAAAUGGCAUGUUGCAAGAAAUAUCGACCCCACAAGAAAUAAAGAACACGUUAAUAAUUAAUAUAUAUCAAGAAAGCUACAAUGAUAUAAAUGAUAAAAAUGUCAAUAUCGAUUCACAAGCGUCUAUUCCUUCAAACAACUUCAUUUCUAGUGACAAAUAUGGAAAUGAUCAUCAGCAGUCUUCUUUAAUAGAAGAAAAGUUUGAUGAAAAUAAUCAUCAGAUUACCAUUCUUAUUCAAACUGAAGAGCCUUUAGUGGAGAAACAUUUUGAUAGAGAUUAUCAUCAGAUUACCAUUCCUAUUCAAAUCGGAGAGUCUUUAGUAGAGAAAAUUUUUGAUGAUCAUCAGGUAACCAUUCAAACCGAAGAGCCUUUAAUGGAGGAACUACUUGAUACUGAUUCAGAAGAAACAGAGGAUCUGUUUGAAUUAAAAAUUGGUCUUACCUUUACGAAUUGGCUAGAAUUUAAAAUCUGA